AUUUACAGUUUAUUACGUUUUUAUAUGGAUUUUUUAUACUUAGUAUUCCUAUGCAAUAUAUAAAUCAAAUUAAUCAACCUCCUAUUGUUAAUAAUCUGUGAUUAAAUCUGUUACGGAUUCGAAAAUCCCGCUCCAUCAUUGUGUUAUGGCUGCUGGUAAGUUGUUUCGUUUUUCGACAACAGUGUGACCCCGAUGAGGGGCUAUGUGAAUUUUUCUUGUGCAAAACAAUCGCAAUAUCUAGAAUUAUGGAAGGUAAUGGUGAAGUUCAAUGGUGUUUCUCUCAAGUGAAGGGAACUUUAGAUGAUGAUGUAACAGAAGCUGAUAUAAUAUCAUGCGUGGAAUUCAACCACGACGGAGAACUCCUCGCCACUGGCGACAAGGGAGGCAGAGUAGUUAUUUUCCAACGUGACCCUGUAUCAAAAACAGUUCUUCCAAAACGUGGAGAAUACAAUGUCUAUUCCACGUUUCAGUCGCACGAACCAGAAUUUGAUUAUUUAAAAAGUUUAGAAAUAGAAGAAAAAAUAAAUAAGAUAAGGUGGUUGAGGCGUAAGAAUCCAGCUCAUUUUUUGUUAUCGACCAAUGACAAAACCAUUAAAUUAUGGAAAGUUUCAGAAAGGGAUAAAAGAGUUGAAGGGUAUAAUACUAAAUCCGAAAAUGGUAGCCUAGUCGAUCCUACUAGCGUUAGUUCCUUAAGAGUACCUAUAAUUAAGCCCAUGGAGUUGAUGGUGGAGGCUUCACCAAGGCGUAUAUUUGCAAACGCACACACAUACCAUAUAAAUUCAAUAUCUGUGAAUUCGGAUCAAGAAACAUAUUUAUCAGCAGACGAUUUAAGAAUCAAUUUAUGGCAUCUUGAAAUAACGGAUCAAAGUUUUAAUAUUGUUGAUAUUAAACCAACAAAUAUGGAAGAACUUACAGAAGUUAUAACAGCAGCAGAAUUUCACCCCACCGAAUGUAAUUUGUUAGUAUAUAGUAGCAGUAAAGGGACUAUUAGGUUAUGUGAUAUGAGAGCUGCUGCUCUUUGUGAUAGACAUUCAAAGUUAUUCGAAGAACCUGAAGAUCCGACUAAUAGGAGUUUUUUCUCUGAAAUUAUUUCUAGUAUUUCAGAUGUCAAGUUGUCAAAUAAUGGAAGGUAUAUGAUUUCUAGGGAUUAUUUAUCAGUUAAAGUUUGGGAUUUGCAUAUGGAGACUAGACCUAUUGAAACUUACCCGGUACAUGAAUAUUUACGAGCUAAAUUGUGUUCUCUUUAUGAGAACGAUUGUAUUUUUGACAAAUUUGAGUGUUGUUGGAAUGGUAACGAUUCGGCUAUAAUGACAGGAUCCUAUAACAACUUUUUCCGGAUGUUCGAUCGGUCGACUAAACGUGAAUUAACGCUAGAAGCUUCACGCGAUGUCGCCAAACCGCGCACCGUGCUGAAACUCCGAAAAGUAUGUUCGCAAGGUAAAAGAAAAAAGGACGAAAUUAGCGUGGACUGCUUAGAUUUUAAUAAAAAAAUAUUGCACACGGCAUGGCAUCCCGCCGAAAAUAUUAUAGCUGUGGCAGCGACUAAUAAUUUAUUUUUAUUCCAGGAUAAGUACUAGGAUAAUAAUUUUUAUUGAAUUUAAUGAAAAAAAUAAUUGUUUUUCAUCACGAUUUCUAUAUUUUUACAAUUUUUUUCUCUCCCGGUGAUUUGUAGGGGGGCUACUUUUUUUCAAUUUUCGCUUGUCCGAAGUUGAAAUAAAACUUAUCGAAAGGUAGAACCAAGUGAGUGCUAUUUAUUCCCUGGACUAUUUAUUUUAGUGGUCUUUGAAUGGUAGCUGUCAUAUUAUGCUGAAUAUUUCAGAUUAUACUUAUUUUAAAUAUAUAAAAUGACAUUAUUAUGAAAAUAUUCAAGAUGAAUUAAUUAAAGUUCUAUCAACAGAAGAACCGUUCAAUUUUUCUCUUCUUUUGUGUUUCGUUUAAAGCCAUAUGCCCCUCUAUUUAUAAUGAUUUGAAAACGUUGACGUUUCAUAUUGAUUAAAUGUCGAAAAUCUUUUAAUAGUAUAGUUUUGUAGACCUCAUGUAAGGGGUUGUUAAGUUUUGGUUCAGAUAGAAAAUUUUUAUCAACGGUUUUAAAUAAUUACAAUCGAUUAAGGGGGUAUUCUGAUAUAGAAGCUUAAAUUUUAGGCAUUUUUGAAGCUAACGUAUAAAAAUCACGAAAAACAUUUUUACUAUCCAUUUUUUUAUUGAAUUUAUAUUUAUAGAAUUUUUGAAGAAAAUAAAAAAAUCCGAAUUUCAAUAAAUCACAGGUCGGUAAAGUAGGGGCUACAAAAAAAGGGUGCACCCUGCAAUUUUUUAAAAAUACUCCAAAUUGAAAUUUUUAAAAAUCCAAAGCAGACGCGAAAAAAUAAAGACAAUUAUAUACCAAUUUACUCAAUUCAUGGUUAUUAUUGUUAUUUUCGUUCUUUUUAGGCCAUGUUAGCAAAAAACUGUAAGAUUGUGUAUGGUGGGAGAUAUUGUAAGGGGUCAUUGUAUGCUUUUUCCAUGGGUGAAACUUGAAUAGUGGAUCAAAUUCCUUUUCGAAUCAAACCCCAAUAGCAUCUCAUAAAAUUUUGUACACCAACUCUAUUCAAGUCUAAAAUAUCUUCAGUUUGGCAUAUGCCGAAAAUAACCGUUUAUUAAGAAAUUAUAUUGUAUUCAAUUUUAUUCAAAUUCCUUUGUAUAGUUUCCGAUUUCAAAACAUCAAGUUUUGUUUGUAUUUAUAAAUAUCGAUUAAACAUAAUGUAAAGUUUUUUUUCUUGUAUAUAGGGUGAUCAAAAUACUUUUUGUACAGUUACACAAUCAUGUUUACGAUUAUGAUUCCCAAGGAAAGACAUAUGGGGGUUUCAUGUCUUUUCGCAAUACUCAUGUUGUUAAUUUUUUGUCUAAUUACUUUUUUUUAUAUAAAUUAUCACAAUUUGAAGCCAUUUUGGGUUUAUAACCUAUCAGAUUAUUGAAUUUUCGAAUCCAUUUAGGAGUAUUAUUUGAAAAUAUUGAAAAUCAAAACUUAACAAUCUUUUUAAUUUGGAUGCAUUCAAGGCGGUUAAAAAAUUGGUUUAUGAAUGAUUUUAUCUUAUUCUAUGUGCAUUUUUUAAAUCUAUUCUUUAUUAUUAAAACUGGUUUUUAUAUUACAAGGGCCAUGUGAUAUUUUUUCAGCAGUUAUAUUAAGCGAAUACUCUUGAAAAUUUAAUACAGAGUAAGUCAUUUCUCCUUUUAUAACAUUUGGUGUCUUAUUUUACAAUCGUUGAAGCUUUGAAGGAGGUGCAUGAAAAUCAAAAGUAUUAUUCGAAUUUUAUUGUUUUAUAUUUUUUAAUCGUUUAUAAUGUAUAGCAAUAAUGGGGUUAAUUCAUAUUAGAAACUUAGGAAAUGCCUUACUUUUGUUUUAUUAGCAAUCAGUUUAUACAGAGGCAAGCGAGUUAGUGUCAGUUUAAAUAAAUUAGUAAAAAUAUUUAAUAUCUAACAAAAAAUAUUUAGAAAAAAGACAGUUUUAGUGAAAAUAAGUUUAAUACUAGGUUUUUUUAUAAGAUUAAAUUAAUUAAUUCCGAUCUGCAUUCUUCAGUUUAUUAAAUUACUUUUAUAUGUCUACGAUUUGAAUCUUGGUUGAUAUUUGGUAGAUCUUUGCUUCCCGUAUUGUGAAUAAUCACGUGCAGCUUUCUAAAGAACCAAAUUUUAAGUUUCUGUCAAUGAUUAGUGCCUUUUGAUUUUCCAUAAUGUUUUUCAACCACAUAUAGUUACAAAUUUUUAGUCAUUCAAUCAUAUAUAGCUUUUUAAAGUCUCAAACUUUUAGUUUUCGUCAUUGUUAUCUUUUUUAGUCACAUAUAGCUUUCGUAACCUAACUUAACCACAUAUGGUUACAAAUUUUUAGUUAUUCUCAUUAAUUGGUAGUUUUUGACUUCCCAUAAUGUUUCUUAAUUAAAUCCAGCUUUCGAAAGUCUCAAAUUUUUAGUAUUUGUCAUUGGCUAGAACCAUAUCACGUCCUAUGAUGUUUUUUAAUCAUAUAUAGCUUUUAAAAGUUCAAAAUUUUCAGUCAUUCUCAUUAGUUGGUACUUUUUGACUUCCCAUAAUGUUUUUAUAGCACAUAAAGCUUUUGAAAGUUCCAAAUUUUUUAUCAAUCUCAUUAAUUGGUAGCUUUUGACUUCCCAUAAUGUUUUUUAAUCACAUAUAGUUUUCGAAAGUUCCAAAUUUUUGAUCAAUCUCAUUAGUUGGUACUUUUCAACUCCCUAUAAUGUUUCUUAAUUAAAUCCAGCAUUCGAAAGUCUCGAAAGUUUUAGUUUUUGUCAUGGUAAUUUUUGCUCCUCUGUAAUGUUUUUUUUAUCGCAUAUAGCCUUCGAUAGUUCAAAAUUUUCAGUCAUUCUUAACAGUUGGUACCUCUUGACUCCCCAUAAUGUUUUUAUCACAUAUAGCUUCCGAAAGUUCCAUAUUUUUUUGUCAUUCUCAUUAGUAGGUAUUUUUUAAUUCUCUCACUCACAUAGGGCGUUAUAAAGUCUCAAAUUCAUAUCAUAUACAACUUCGAAAUCCUGCAAAAUCUAAGAAUUAAAUGUGGGUAAAAGUGUUAUAAUUCGAGUUGUGUCUCUUUAAAUUUAAUAAAGCAUACCAUUCAUAUAAAUUUUACUGCCACUUGAUAUUUACAAGUCAAUAGAUAUAUUUAUUUCUGUACUAUUUACCAAAAUAUUAUGUUAUAUAUGCCCCAAUGCUAGCCUCUGUGUAUUUCUGUAUAUAUUUAAUAUUUAUAUGAAAAAUGUACAGAUUAAAUGUAAUAUUAGAUAAAUAAUUUUGCGAAACAAAUCCUCUGAUAACGUGCUUAACCGCAUAUUAAGAAAAUAAUCAGAUAAAUAAACAAUAUGAAAUGUAAAAAAUAAAUAAUAUUCUUAACCGUAAUUAGAUAUUUGUACAAAUUGUAAAUAAACAAUAUACUUUUUACCCAUGAGUUUUGUCAUGUGAUUAUCCUGUUGGAAGUUUAAUUUUUCAUUUUGCAUUAAAUAAAUCGUAUUAAAAG